UGUUUGUGUCUGAAGAAAACCUCAUGACAAUUCAUUAUGUCUCACGAUCUACUCUCAUAUCCGAUUUCGAUUACAAUCGGAACUUCAGAUCACGUUCAGUCUCCCCAUUUGAUCCUUCUCUAGCCUGAUUUAUCUAGGAUUUUAGUCCCUUUCUUUUGUUUGAUUUUAGAGAGAGGGGGGUCUCAUUAGAUUUGAGAGAGAGAUGUCGAAUUUAUAUGGGGAUUUCAACCAGAAGAUUGAUUAUGUGUUCAAAGUAGUCUUGAUUGGAGAUUCGGCUGUCGGGAAAUCCCAGCUUCUUGCACGGUUUGCUCGCAACGAAUUUAGUUUGGAUUCAAAAGCGACGAUCGGAGUUGAAUUCCAGACGAGGACUCUUGUUAUAGAUCACAAAACUGUCAAGGCACAGAUAUGGGAUACGGCUGGGCAGGAAAGGUACCGUGCUGUGACAAGUGCAUACUAUCGAGGAGCGGUGGGGGCAUUGCUUGUUUAUGACAUGACCAAGCGUCAAUCAUUUGAUCAUGUGGCAAGAUGGCUGGAGGAACUUAGAAGCCACGCUGAUAAGAACAUUGUCAUUAUGCUCAUUGGCAACAAGUCUGACCUAGGAACCCUCAGAGCAGUUCCAACUGAGGAUGCCAAAGAGUUUGCCCAAAGGGAGAAUCUCUUCUUUAUGGAGACAUCAGCCCUUGAGGCUACAAAUGUCGAGACUGCUUUCCUAACUGCCCUUACAGAUAUAUACCGGAUCGUCAGUAAGAAGGCUCUCAUUGCAAAUGAUGAAUCAGAAUAUGGAGGGAAGUCGGCGCUUCUCAAGGGAACAAACAUUGUUGUGCCUGGCCAGGAUCCAGAAUCCAAUGGAAGAAAAUUCUCAUGUUGUGCCUCUUAUUAAGUAUACUGCCUACACUUAUCUUUUUAAAACUUCUUUAUGAGUUGGAAAUUUGAAAGGCCAAUCAUUUUGUAGGAGACAAGGAGUCAUGCCAUUUGGUAUGUGAAAUCAUUUCUAAUCUCUCUUUUUUGUAAGUUGAAAAUCUUGUAUAACACUGAUAGUGUGAUACUAUAAGUCUAUAACAGCUGAAAAAUCAUGUGAUGUAUAUCUGACUCUAAGUUAAUUCCCUUCUGUUUUGUGAACC